UAUCAGCUGAGAAAUGUUAACAAGUCGUGUCUACUGUCUAGCAAAAUACUGCGUAUUCUAACCUUACCAAAAUAAUUACCACUUGUUUGUUAGAUAUCAAUUCUAUUCUUUUAUAGAAUCAGAUCUUUAUUUUAAAAGUGCUGCUUGUUUUUGUGAAGAUGUUAUACUUCAAAUGUGACAAGCUUCUAAAGCUUAUAAAGUUUAUUUUAGUUAAACAAAUUUGAUAAAAAUUAAUUGUCCAUAUCGAAGUAAUUUACAUAAAGACCCAGAGGUUUUUGUUAAAAAGUGUUCUGUCAAUUUGUUCUUGUAUUGCUAAUUCUAUUCAUUUUCAAAAUGUCUGCAGAGGAACCACAAGCAGGUCAGAAAAAGGGUGGACUAGAAUCUCUCAGUCACGACGAAUUAGUCGCAAAGUGUAAAAGCCUGUUGAAUAUCGCUCAAAAGGCGAAAAAAGCAAAAGAUGAUGCAUUGGAAGAGCUGGCUAAUAAGGAAACAAAAUUCAAAGAAGAAUUAAAAUCCUUGAAAGAUAAGGCAUCAAUAGACAGUUCCCAAUCCAUACAGAUGAAAAAGAAUCUUUUAGAUUUGCAACUAGAAUUUGAUACUUCUCAGAAAAAGAUGGCGUCUCUGGAGGAAGAGCACAAAGUAUGCAGUGCAAAAAUAAAGAAACUCGAACACCAGCUCUCUAUUGAAUAUGACAAAAGAAAGAAUGCCGAAUUGCUCAACAACAAUCUGAACGAAGACCUCAAUAAACUGACUGAGAGCUCCGGCCAGAUGAGGCUGAUCUGCAAGCGGGUGAUGGAGGAGAAAGAAGAAAUCGAAAAGGAUUUCAAAGAAAUUUUCCAGCAGAAAAUCGAGUGGACCCGGUAUUUGCAGGCGACAUAUCCCAACGAAAGUAUAACAUCUGUGAAAGAUUGGAUCGCCAUCUUGGAAAGUAGAGGUUUGUCGAAAAAUUCUGAUAAUCUCGAGGAGGAAAACAAAAUGUUGAAAGACACGAAUGAGGAGAUGAAGAGGAAGGUGGAGAAACUGGAAAAAGUGGUAGAGGAUUUGAUUGUGAAGAAAGAUGGUGCCAGUAGUGAAAUUGCUAGUUUGAAAAAUGAUAAAACAAAAAUGGCUGAAGAGUUGAAUGAGGUUAGGGUAUCUAGGGAUGCACUCUUGAAGAGAAUGGACGAGGUUCGUAUUGAGACCACACAUCUAAUUGAACAUUCCGAAAAAUUGUCUGAAGAAAAUGGUUCACUAAGAAUGGAAAAAGAGAGGUUCGAAAAUAGUCUGGCUAGCUUGUCCACGGAACAUUUGAAAUACUUGAAAGAAAUUGAAGAUUUAAAAGCAAUAAAUGUGGAAUUGCAGGGGAAAUUGGAGAGAAUGAAAGAGGAAUUGGAAGAGGAGGAAAGUGGGAGAAUGGAAGAAGUGGAGGGUAUGAGGAUGAAAUUGAAGGAGAUGGAAGGAAUGAAGAUAAAAUUGAAGAGAUGGAAGGAAUGGAGAUAUGGAAGGAAUAGAGAUAAAAUUGAAGGAGAUGGAAGGAAUGGAGAUGAAAUUGAAGGAGAUGGAAGGAAUGGAGAUGAAAUUGAAGGAGAUGAAAGGAAUGGAGAUAAAAUGAAAGAGAUGGAAGGAAUGGAGAUGAAAUUGAAGGCGAUGGAAGGAAUGGAGAUGAAAUUGAAAGAAAUGGAAGGACUGCAGAUAAAAUUGAAGGAGAUGGAAGAAGGAAUGGAGAUAAAAUUGAAGGAGAUGGAAGUAAUGGAAACGAAAUUGAAGGAGAUGAAAGGAAUGGAGAUAAAAUUGAAAGAGAUGGAAGGAAUGGAGAUGAAAUUGAAGGCGAUGGAAGGAAUGGAGAUGAAAUUGAAGGAGAUGGAAGGAAUGGAGAUGAAAUUGAAAGAAAUGGAAGGACUGAAGAUAAAAUUGAAGGAGAUGGAAGAAGGAAUGGAGAUAAAAUUGAAGGAGAUGGAAGUAAUGGAGACGAAAUUGAAGGAGAUGGAAGAAAUGAGGAUAAAAUUGAAGGAGAUGGAAGUAAUGGAGACGAAAUUGAAGGAGAUGGAAGGAAUGGAGAUGAAAUUGAAGGAGAUGAAAGGAAUGGAGAUAAAAUUGAAGGAGAUGGAAGGAAUGAGGAUGAAAUUGGAGAGGCUGGAACAAACUAAACUUGAAGUAGAGGAACAUUUGAAAAUGAAGUUGAAAGAGACAGAGGAUUUGAAAUUGAGUUUGGAAGAUAUGGGUAUGAAAUUUGAUAAAAUGUUAGAAAUGAAAUCAGAAGUAGAGGAAAAUAUGAAAUUGAAAGUGGAAGAAAUGGAGAGUUUGAAAUUGAAAUUAGGAGAGAUGGGAGUCCUAGAAAUGAAAUUAGAGGGAAUGGAACGUUCAAAAUUGGAAGUAGAAGAGAAUAUGAAGGUGGAAUUGGAGGAAGUAGAAAGUUUGAGAAUAAAAUUGCUGGAAACUGAAAAUUUGAGAUUGAAAUUGAAGGAAUUUGAAAAUUUGGGUAUUGAAUUGGAAGAGAAGGGAAGUGAGUUGAAUAGAUUGAAGUCUGAUUACAGUUUAUUAGAAAAUGAGAAAAUUUCCGUUGAUAACAAAGUGGCUGAGCAAAUUAAUAAAAUAGAAGCUUUCAAAUCUAAAGAGUCUGACUUGAAUGGAAAAUUGAAUGUGCUUGAAAAGAGUCUAGAAGAGAAAAACACUGAACUGCAAGUUUUCAAAUGUAGAGAAUCUGAUCUGAUUGGAAAACUAAAUUCUCUUGAAGAACAACUAAAGGAGAAGAAUAUGUUGAAAAAUGAUAGAGAUGUGUUAGAAAAGGAGAAAGAAUUGUUGGUUAGUGAUAAAAAUGAGCUGGAAAAAAGUGUAGAAUCGUUGAAAGGUGAGAAAAAGAAGUUUGAAAACAGAGAGAAGGAAUUGUUGGAUAAUAUUUGUGGUUUGGAAAAAGAGUUGGAAGCUUCAAAAUGUAGUAAAGUGGAGAUGGAUGAUGAAAGCAAGGACAAAUUGAGAGAAUAUCAAGUGAUGAAGACCAGUUUGGAAGAAUAUCGGGAUAAAUUGAGAAUAGCUUUGGAUGAGAAUAAAAAAACUGAAGAAUUUAUUGACGAUUUGAAGUGUGAAGCUGGGAAAUUAAAUAGUCUUCUAAGUGUAGUUCAAGAAGAAAGAGAUAGCGCUAGAAAUCGGUUGCAUGAAUGCCAGUUGGAAAAGCGUGUCUUGGAAUCCAAAGUGGAAAAACUCCGUCUCGAAGAUGAGGAAAACCUCCAAAACCUGCAAGAUUUAAACGACAGGUAUCUUAGUAUGGAGGAAAAAUUGAAUUUCAUAUUCAGUGAAAACGAGGAUUUGAAAGGAAAGGUGCUAGAACUCGAAGAAAUGCACGAUAAUCUACUGAAAGAAAUCGAGAAUAUCAUAGGGAGUAACCUUGAGGUUUUAUCUAAACCUCAAAUAGUACAUGACUUCCAAAACAAAUCGGUCAAAUUAGAUUCGUCGGUUUUGUUGAAGUAUUUGACUGAAAUUAUUUGUAGUUUGAGUAAAACUAUUAAGGAGAAAGAUGGUACGUUGGAAAGGAUCGGUGGGGAGGUUAGUGAUGUGAAAAAACAAUUGGAAGAUGAGUUGAAAAGUUCCGAGGGGUUGAAAAUGUUGGAAAGUAUGCUCAAUGAUAAAUUGUCUAGUUUUAAAGGUGGAAAUAUUGAGGAAAGGCUCGAGGUUUUGGGUGGAGUUGUGGAAGAUUCUAGAUUUUUUGAAGAUUUGUGUGAUAGUUUUGCUAGAAUACUGGAGACAGAUGUGCUGGAGGCGAAAAAAGGUCUGAAAGUGAAGUUGGAAGAACUGAAAGAGAAUGGUUGGAAAUUCGUUUUGACCGUUGACAACAAAGAUGGAGACAAAGAAGGUAGGGAGAAGAAGGUGGCCGAUGAAGUUAGGGAGAAGGAAGAGGAGAUUGCUCAGUUGCAGGAUAAGAAUAAGGAGUUGAAGGGAGUAGCGAUAAAGAUGAAGAAGAAAAUAAAUGAUCUCAAUCAGCUGUUGGAGGGGGAACGGCAAAAGGUUGACGCUGAGAGGGCGAAACUGAGUCAGUUAUCAGCUGUUGCUAAAAAUGCUCAGAGAAAAAUAAGGGGGCAGAGAGAAGAGAUGAAGAAUAAAAGUAAAACAUUUAUAAAAGUGAACGACAGUGUGGAGAAUGAACACAAAGACUUGCAGCAAAAGUACAACGAAAAAGAGAAUAGGUUCACGGAGAUUGAAAAAGAUAUGGCUGCCAUUAAAACACAACUGGAAAGUUCUGUUAGCAAAGAGUCGACUCUAGUAAAGGAACUGGGAGAAGUGAAGAACGAGAAACACGUGGAAGAGGUGAUACGAAAGGAGUGUGAAAAGGAAUUGAUAAUCACCCAGGAUAAGCUGAGGAAAGUUCAGUUGGAGCUGGAUCAGGCCCUAUUACAGUCCCAAAAACAUACCGUUCUCACACAAGAAAAACAUGACUACGAGCAACAACUCAACCAAUCCCACCAAACCCAGACUCAGCUUGAGGGCAAGCUAAAAGAAGCUAGCUCGACGUUAGCUGAGCUCACCAGCCAGCUAGAAACUGCAAGACGUGAUAAGGACGAGCUAGCUGUUCAGCUGACCAAGUUGACAGCUGAUAGUCAGCUAUCAAUUGAAACGGCUAGGAUACAGAAUGAGGCUCUCUUGAAUCGGGUGAGCCAAUUGGAAGCGGAGCUGCGAACGGCGACUGCGCAGAAGCAGCGCUUCGAGCAGGAAGCGACGCGAUUGGCGGAGGAGUUCGCCGCCUACAAGGUGCGUGCGCAGAGUGUGCUGCGACAGAAGGAGCAGGGAGGAAGCUCAGCUGAACAGGAAGCACGUGAUAAGUGCGCCGAACUACAGGAGAUGUGUGAUCGUAUCAAGGCACAACUGGAUAACACCCUAGAAGAAUUGGACCAAGUCAAAUUGAAGCUGGAAUCAGUCAUGGCUGAAAAAGAAGCUCUGGAUAAGAAGUGCGAAAAUAUGAAUAAUAUACUGGUGCAACGCAAUAAGGAGCUGGAUCGUCGUAUGAUGGAGCAUCGUCAGCAUAAAUUGAGUACAGAUACUCUCAUACAAUGCUAUAAGACACAACUUGAAGAGAAAGAGCGUGGUCACGAGAUCGAACUAGAAUCGCUGAGACUGCAGAUUUCGAAGCUGUCCAGUCGAGUAAACCACAGCGAAGUGGACGACGCCAAAGUGGACGUCGAAAACGCCAAUUUCUAUGAGACUGGUUCCGCUUUAUCGGACUCUGCUCCACUGGGACAGUCGCCGCCCGUUGACAUUAUUCAAGGCGAUAAUGGCAACAAGAGUCUGCCUCCCAGACCACCUUUGAUAGAACGGGAAGAUGGCGAGGGAUCAGAAGGCAACGAGAUGACAAUGUACCCCGGUUCAUUGUCAAACAAAGGUGGACUGGUGCCAUUGGCAAAACUUCUAAGCUCGUCGCUAGGAUCUGAUGAUGAGAGAGAUGUUCUAUCGCUAGAGAAGUUUGAAAGCCUUCAAAACGAGAUGUUAGCGUCUAAUACUAGAGUGAAGCAUUUGGCCGCCCUGCUCAGUGAGGCAGAGAAAGACUCUGCACUAAUGGAGGAGCAAAACGCGGUUUUGAAAGAGGAAAUCAGAAGGCUGCAAAGGUGUAUUGAGAGGCAGCCUCAUGCGCAUAACGUCGAGUAUUUGAAGAAUGUAGUCUUUAAGUUUGCAACCUUGGGUAGUGGAGACGAGAAGUCUCGCCUUGUUCCUGUCCUUGACACGAUACUCAAACUAAGCCCAGAAGAGCACAAACAGUUGACUGCCGUUGCCAAAGGCGAAGCAGAGCAGACAUCAGGCUGGAGCUCAUACCUUCCAACGUGGCAGUAGCCUAACACCAAAUUUCUCAACUUAAGUUUUAUAGCUGUAAUUUAUUAUCAACAUUUAAAUUAUUUAUUUUGUUUAGCUCAAUUAUUAUAGAAAAUAAUAAAUGAACUGAUCUGUGUCAACGUGUGAUGUUGGCCUAUGAAAUGUGUAAAUAAUAAUAAGUUAAUAUUAUUGUUAUUAUGUAAUUAUUUUGUGCUUGAUAGUUACUUAACAGUUAACAUAAAUAAUAUUAUGUUUAAAACGUU